AUGUCGUCAUUUAAACAUGGCUCUAUUCUAUCAUUCCUGUUCUUCUUUUUGGCAUUAUGCUCUGCUCUCGUAGAGUCUAGAGAGAGCGUUGAUACUUCUGCUCAAGCAACCGGAAAUGACGAACCAUUAUCAGCGACAAAGGAAACACACAAUACUCACCUUUCCACCCCCCAAGAAAAUCUGCUUCCCAGCGCCGUCAACGUAGGCGAUUCCUCCACCUCCAUCUCCGCAGACGCCGAAGACAGCGACCCCAACGAGAGCCAACAAGUCUUCGGCUCCAUUCUCAUGCAUGGCCCUGAAAACGACGUGCAGUCCUUCGACCCUAACGACGGGUCGCACCUCGCGCUCUUCGACUGCCCCAACACCGCCCCCUCCGACUUCUCCAUCCAGUCGCUCAAAGCCGUAUGCAUGCGCCCCGACGAGGGCAGUAACUGCGAGAAGAUCAUGAGCGGCGGCGUCGAGGGCACGGUCGUGCGCCUGCCCCCGGAUUGUGGCCCGGAUACGUAUGUAAGAGCUGUUAGCUUUGAGGCGCUGGAGACGCUGCCUCCGAGCUUGCCGGAGAGGCUGAGGAGGAAGAUGCGGGAGGAGAGUAGGGUUUAUGAACUUAGGUAUGAUUAUAACUUCCAGAAGCUGAGGGAGGAUGCUGGGACUGUUGAUUUUCAGAUUGACUUUUCGAAUAUCAUGGGCUUUUAAUGGCCCUUGUAACAAUUAAAUCAUGUCAAUUUGCCUCGCACCUUGUAGUUUCCAUUCCUUUCUUUCCCUUACACGUUUUUGAUGUUGAAAACGUUAUGCGUCAUGAAUAGGUAUCUCUUUUUUUUUAUUUUUAUUUUUUGGAGCUAAGACUUAAAAGGAAACUUAGAGCAAGACGAACGGGUAGCUCUUUGAAAUUUAGAUACUGUUCUACCUGUAAGAUCUGAAUUUUUGAAUAUGCCCAUAGGACAGCAUCAAACAGAGUCCAUCAAAGAGAGAGUGCAUUGAACAGAAGU